AUGUCCCAAAUAACGCCCAAAGGGCUCAGUUCUUUCAAUGAACCCGAAUUGGCUUUCUCCAUUCGUCAGGGUUUAAUGAUUGGUUGUCCUUUGGUUGCGGCACUAAUUAUCAUUACCAUCCUGAUUAUUUGUUGCUGCUGCAAUGUUCACCCCCAGAGAGAAAAAAAGUCGUCAGACAAACCGAGAGAUGUGAAGAAAAACACAGAAGCAGAUCCAAACCUAGCUCAAAACCAAACCAAAAUGCCGGUCGAAGUAGGGGGUGGUAAAAAACAAGAUUUGAAAGGCGAGGCGGCAAAUGACCAGCGAGAAAAGAGGGUCCGGUUUCCAUACUAUAGCAACGGUGACUGCGCGAAAACUAGUUCUUCGAAAACCACCACCUCUUUACCAAUCCACGCACCAGAAGUAACAUUGCCAUCUUACGCUAAAGUUCGAGGAGAAGGAGCAUCAGAUUUUUACUUGAAUGCGACCAGUCAGUAA